ACUAUGCAAAAUCCUUCUGCGUUUUAAUCGAUUUUUAUUUUGAUAGACUUUUUAAAUUAAGUUAAAAACAAAAAAGGUUUCUUUUAUUUAUUUUUAAAACGUUUAUGUUUAGUUGACUGCAUACCACUUUUGCAAGACCUUUUACUUUGGACAUUAGGUAUUUGACGAUGAUAGUUUCCACAUCUGUGCUAAAAACCUGAAACAGACCUCUAUAACUGCCAAGGAGCUUAUUUUAGGUUGGGGUUGCUUUCGGCUUUUGGGAUUGUGCCGUUGCCCAGGACAACUAGCAUAUGUCCAAUCAAUGGAAAAAUAAAUAAAACAAAUGUCGCUGUAGAGCAGGCACAGGAAUUCGGCUUGAUUACGGCAGUCAUAAAAAAGAAAUACCAAGACAUCUAUUUUGUGUGCCAGUUUAAAGUUUGACCCCGUUGGUGUGCGUCCACUAGUCCUGAUGGGUGAUUAGUUCCACAAAAAUAAUGACACCUAAACGAAAGCGUCGCGGGCGCAGCGAGGCGCGGGCCAGAACCAAAUCCAAAGGACAGACGGAGGCGAAGCACUUGCAACUGCUCGAGGAGCUGGAUUUGGCGGACAGCUGCUGCGAAAUCUGCCAUUGCGACUGCUACAGCUCCCACAGCAGCGCCUCUGUGAGUGGACGCGGCAAUCAGGUGCAAACGAGCGUGAAGGAGUUGGUGCAGCUGGACAAGGAAAUUCAGGCCUUGGAGCAACUACACCGGCGGGAGAGUGGCAAGUGUAAAAGAAGUGUCAGCAGCCAAAGCCUCAGAAGUGCUUCCAGGUCGCCAACGGAGGGGAAGUCCCCCCACAGCAGGCAGGGAUCUUCUGACUGCCAGAAAGGAAACACGGGCUCUGGCAGAAGUCGGAGGUCAAAAAGCGCUGGUAGCCGCGAGAGCGAGUCCAGAAAAAAGCCCUCACAGGAUAAAACAAAACCCAUUACUCAGGAUCGUCGACGGCACAUUGGCCAAAGAGAUUGCAGAAUGCUUCAACGAUUUCUUGCCCCCCCGAUAGACGCCCCCGCUCUAUCAAUCAUUGGACGGGCCAAGUCAAAGUCGCAGAACAAUAUAGCCCUGGUGUCAAGCCAACCGCAAGCCAAGAAAAGUUCGCUGUGCACCUCGAUGGCCAACUUGUGUCUUGCGCCCACGGUGAGGGCCGCUUUCCAGCAGGUGCCAAGUCACGACCAGAAGAUCCUUAAUUGUAUGGCGGAAAAGCGGAACCAGCAGGCCGCCGACAAAGAGACGGCCUGGCUGGCGCGUAAGUUCUGGGAAAACGAACGACUGGAGCGGCAGCUUCUCCGGGUGGAGCAGCUGGAGGCGUACAAGCAGGCGAUUCACGACAAACAGUUCCAGGACUACCUGGUAACCAAGGCGCGUCUGCAGUCAUUGGCUGAAAGGGAUCUGGCGGAACUAAAGCGACUGCGUGGAGCGCUCCACGCCAAGGACGCUGCGGCCAAAAAGCGGCUGGAAGCCAGGCGGCUAGAACGGGAUCUCAACUUCUGCCAGCGUCGGUGCGAGGAGUUGCGUCGCAGUGAGGCCGUCACUGUGCACCAGGAGGAGCAGCACUUGGACGAAACGUUGCGCAGGCGGGACAUAUGCAUGCGGCUCACGCAAAAGCUGCGUCGGGCGGGCGAGUUGCGAGGCCAGUUCCUGGAGGCGUAUCUGAAGCGGAUGCAGCACGACAACUUCGUGGAGCAGGCACACCAUGAGGAGCAAUGGCGGGAGCGACAGCAGGAGGAACGGCUGAGAAGGGAUCAGCUGCGCGAGGACAUUGAGCGCAAACGUCAUCAGUCCCAGCGCUUCGUCGAGUGUCGCCAGCGUCGGCAAGAUGACCGCUUCCGUACUGCCAAGAUCUCGGCUAGUCUGCGGGAACUGGUCCGGCAGUCGGUAACUCCCGAAGGGGCCACUAACGGCUCGGUUGGUCAGGAUAUCCCAGCCCUCAACACCUACGCCCAGCAGGAAGUGCAGCUGGGACGCUUGCUUUUCGAACAAUCUUCGCGGUAAGCACGUGUGUGGUUACUAAGUUAGUGAA